AUGAAUACUACCCUUCCUACGUGGAAGGAUCGCACACAGAACCAGUUUGGCAAGCUUCAAAUCCAGGUUCCAUGGCGUUCUAUCCAGCUCCUGGUUCCGCAUCGCAUGCGACGCAAGAUCAGGUCCAAGUUGCGCAGCAGAGUGUCUCCUACCUCCUCAAUAUCGACCCUCCAAACAUCGUUAUCGCCAGGCGACACCCUGAGGUCGCUACAAAGUCAUCGCUGGACCAUCUAUGAUUUUCAGUAUUUGCUACUGUUGAUUGUGGGGAUUUUCUCUCUCAGCGUCAUUGAAUCACCCGGGCCUUUGGCCAAAACUGCCAUCUUCACUCUGCUUAUCUUCUCGCUCUUGGUUCCUAUGACCCGCCAGUUCUUUCUGCCGUUUCUGCCAAUUGCCGCAUGGCUAAUCUUUUUCUACGCCUGCCAAUUCAUCCCCAGUGACUGGCGCCCCGCAAUCUGGGUCCGCGUACUUCCGGCAUUGGAGAACAUCCUCUACGGCGCUAAUAUCAGCAAUAUUCUAUCUGCUCACCAGAAUGUUGUGCUUGACGUGCUGGCCUGGCUACCUUACGGAAUCUGCCAUUACGGUGCUCCGUUUGUGUGCUCCCUAAUCAUGUUCGUCUUUGGACCCCCCGGCACUGUCCCCCUAUUCGCACGGACCUUUGGCUAUAUCAGCAUGGCUGCAGUUACUAUUCAGCUGGUAUUCCCUUGCUCGCCUCCAUGGUAUGAGAAUCGCUAUGGUCUCGCCCCCGCCGAUUACUCCAUUCAAGGUGACCCUGCUGGUCUUGCUCGUAUCGACAAGUUAUUUGGCAUCGACUUAUACACUUCCGGCUUCAAACAAUCCCCAGUUGUGUUUGGCGCGUUCCCAUCGCUGCAUGCUGCCGACUCAACUCUGGCGGCCCUCUUCAUGAGCCACGUCUUCCCCCGCAUGAAGCCUGUUUUUGUCACCUACACCUUGUGGAUGUGGUGGGCAACCAUGUACCUUUCACAUCACUAUGCGGUGGAUCUGGUUGGUGGUGGUCUGCUCGCGACUGUUGCCUUUUACUUUGCCAAGACUCGAUUCCUCCCUCGCAUGCAAAGCGACAAGAUGUUCCGCUGGGACUACGACUACGUGGAAUUUGGCGACUCUGCCCCUGGAUAUGGAUACGAUUUGGCUACCUAUGAUGGGGACUUCAAUCUCGACAGCGAUGAAUGGACCGUUGGUUCCUCAUCAUCCGUCUCCUCUGGAUCUCUGAGCCCGGUUGAUGACCAUUACUCGUGGGAGACUGAAGGUUUGACGUCUCCCAACGUCGAUGUUGAGUCAGGGAGACAUGGGUUCAGUCCCUAA